AUGUACAAACUUGAUGCCACGCUGGACGAUGUCCAAAAUACGCGUUUCAAUAACAUUUACCGCGAUUUGGUCAAGCAAAUGUCAAAGCAGACUCAGUUCACCGAAAUGGAAGUUCAGAGCAUUCUAAUGGUCUAUCACAAAUUCGUCUUGGCCAAUGGCCCCAAGGCCAAAGCGAUGACCGUUAAGCAAUUUAAUCAUUUAUUUUCGGUUCUCUUCAAAGUCUAUGAUUUGCAAAUAAUCGAGAGAAUUUUGCUGCUGAUUACCUCCGAUUUGAAGAAGGAAGUUGAUCCGGUAGCAUGGGUAAAGCUAUUUUCGGUUUUCAUGUCCAAUAAACUGGAGGAGAGAAUGAAAUUUACGUUUCAGGUGAGAGAGGCGAGAAGUGUGAGAUAA